UGAGUACAGCUGGUGGAUUACUAUGCAAACCAUACCACAGAGAAGACUUUACUCUGUGUUCUAGCAUGGGGACUCUCUGGCAUUUUCAAUACACUCUAAUUUUACUCUGUAUUUCAGUGCUGAAUACCACAGGGAUCAAGCAAAGGCCAACUGGUGGUUUGAGAACAUGGGAUCCUGAAACAGCUUACCUCACCAGAUGUGAUUUCAACAAUAACUCAAGACCAUUUUGUGACUGGACCCAGCCCUGCAGUAUCAACCAGGGGGUGUGGAUACGGACAAAGCAUGACACUCCAACUGAUGGAACAGGUCCUGAUGGAGACUAUCCUGAUGGAAAAGGUUAUUUCAUCUACCAAGAAGCAAGUAAUCUGAUCCCGUUCGACAUCAACAGGCUGGAAAGCCCAGAGACUGUUGUUUCUGAAAAAAUAUGCAUCGACUUCUGGUACUAUAUGUUUGGAUCAGAAGAGAUGAAUGAGCUGAGAGUGCUUAUCCAAGAUGGCACACAGGAGUCUGUGAUAUGGCAUCGGAAGGGAAACCAGAGUUCUUUUUGGAACUACGGUGCCAUCACUCACACUUUCCCAACACAGAGAAAGAUAAAGGUAAUUUUUGAGGCUGUCCGAGGACUAACAGAGUAUGGGGAUACAGCACUGGACAAUGUGAGAGUGAGGGAUGGAUCCUGUGAAGCUGGCCCUACACCUGUACCACCAACACCUACACCAACAGAGCCUACACCACCACCAGUGACAGAAGCAAUUUGCAGUAUACAUGGAGAUCCUCACUACCACACAUUUGACAAGCAGCUACACAACUUCAUGGGCACCUGCACCUACACCCUCUCCAAGCUGUGUGAAAGCAACAGCUCCCUGCCCUACUUCAACGUGGAAGCAGCCAACGAGCACAGGGGGAGCAACACUCGUGUGUCCUACGUGCGAUACGUGGAUGUCGAUGUGGCUGACCAGCGGAUAAGGUUGGGGCAGGGUGGAGUGGUGACGGUGAAUGGAGUGGCAGAGAUCCUGCCUUGCAGCCCAUCCGCAGGUGUGCAGGUCUUGUCCAGUGGGUUCUACACCAUGGUCAUGACAGACUUUGGCUUGAGAGUGAAGUUUGAUGGGGUCCAUCGGGUGGAGGUGACACUUCCAAGCACCUUUGGGCAGAAGGUUUGUGGCAUGUGUGGGAACUACAACGGGAUGGCAGCAGAUGACUUCCUGAACCCGGAAGGGAUGCUGGAGCCAGACUCUACCAGCCUGGGCAACAGCUGGGAGGUGUCCAAAAACAGCAGCUGCUCAGCCGGAUCACUCCCCACCCCAGCCUGCAAUGACACGGACAAGCAGGUGAUCGCCAGCAGCCGCUUCUGUGGGCUCCUCAUUGACACCAGUGGCCCCUUUCAGAUCUGCCACGCUGUGCUGAGCCCCAGCAGCUACUUUGAGACCUGCUCCUAUGACCUGUGUGAGCUGGGGCUGGACCGGGAGACCCUGUGCAAGAGCUUGCAGUCCUAUGCGGAUGCCUGUCAGGCCCUUGGGGUCCAGAUACCCGUGUGGAGGAACACAACCUUCUGCCCAAUCACCUGUCCGGCCAACAGUCACUAUGAGCCCUGUGCUGCUGCCUGCCCUGCCACCUGUUUUGACCCAAUGGCUCCAGUCACCUGCAGCCUGCCGUGCGUGGAGGGCUGUGUGUGUGACAGCGGGUACCUGCUCUACAAUGACCGAUGUGUGCCCAGCCAGCAGUGCGGGUGUUGGCACAACGGGCAGCACUACCCCGUGGGCUCCGAGUUCUGGACGGACAACAGCUGCUCCUCCAAGUGCACGUGUCCCGCACGGGGAAGCAAAGUCCAGUGUUUUGAAGCCUCAUGCCCUGCGGGCCAGUACUGCGGGGUGCAGGGUGGGAAACCCGUGUGCCUCGAACACUCCUACGGCAUCUGUCACGUCCACGGGGACCCUCACUACAACACCUUUGACAAGGUGACGCACAACUUCAUGGGCAACUGCACCUACACCCUGGCCAAAGUGUGCUCCAACACCACCUCCCUGCCCUACUUCAAUGUGGAGGCCAAGAACGAGCAUCGCGGCAACAGCAGGGUGUCCUACGUGCGCGAAGUGCUGGUUGAGGUGUACGGACAGCGCAUUGCCAUCCUCAAACAAGAGAAGAGCCAAGUGCUGGUGAACGGCGUGCGCCAGACCCUGCCGGUGAGGGCAGCGGGAGGUGCGAUCACGGUGAGCAAGAGCGGCCGCUACGUCGUCCUGGAGACAGACUUCAGCCUCACAGUGUCCUACGACACUGACCACUCGGUGGAGGUGAAGGUGCCCACCACCUACUUCAACCUGACCUGUGGCAUGUGCGGGAACUUCAACAACCGGAGAGACGACGAAUACAUGAUGCCCAACGGGCAGCAAGCCGCAGACUCCAAUGCGCUGGGGGAGAGCUGGCAGGUCCCAGACAGUGACCCCUCUUGCGGUGUCCCCCUCCCCUCCCCACCCUGCAGUGCAGAAGAGGAGGAGCUCUACAAGUCGGACCGCUUCUGUGGCAUACUGACCAGCACACCCAGCUCUUUUGAGACGUGCCACAGCGUGAUCAACCCCCAGAGCUACUUUGACACCUGCCUCUACGACCUUUGUGCCCUGAAUGGUGGCCAGGAGUUUCUGUGUGCUGCUCUGGAGGCCUAUGCUGAUGCAUGCCAGGCAGCCGGCGUGACUCUUCUGCCCUGGAGGAAUGCUACCUUCUGCCCUGUUGCAUGCCCUCCCAACAGUCAUUACAACCCAUGCACCAGUGCUUGUCCAGCAACCUGCACUGAUCCUCUUGCAUCUAAGAACUGCAGCAAACCUUGUGUAGAAGGAUGUGAAUGCAACAAUGGUUUUGUCAUCAGCGGGGGACAGUGUGUGUCCAUGAGCAACUGUGGCUGCCUUCAGAAUGACAAAUAUUAUGAGAAAGGAGAAUCUUUUUGGCAACCAGACUGUGUAGGCCAAUGUGUAUGUGCUGGAAAUGGGACUGUAGUUUGCAGUUCAGACACGUGUGAAAUAAGUAAAGUUUGCAAGGUACAGAAUGGACUCUUGGGAUGUUACCCAUUGAAUCCCAGCACCUGCCACAUUUUUGGGGAUCCACAUUAUAUAACCUUUGAUGGAAGACUGUACCAUUUCCAAGGAGACUGCAAUUAUACUGUUGUUGAGAGAUGCACAAAUUCUUCUGAAAAGUUCUCAGUGACUACCAGAAAUGAACAUAGAGGAAACCCGAACUGGACAGCCUUGAACUCAGUUUCUGUCACACUGGAAAACCUUCACAUUGUUUUGAAGAAAAACAGAGAGACCUAUGUGGAUGGAGUUCAGGUUAAACUUCCUGUGGAUUUGAACCAUGGAGCCAGAGUAGCCAUAAAAGGACACUACGUGGUCGUUGAUACCUCUCUAGGGAUCCAGGUUAAGUUUGAUGGUGAUCAGGAGCUUUUCAUUCUGGUUGAUGAAAGUCUCAAAGGACAGCUGUGUGGUCUCUGUGGAACAUUCAAUGACAACCAACUAGAUGACUUUUUAAACCCGGAUAAAGUCCUAGAACAGGAUCCAAAUAAAUUUGGUGACAGCUGGAUAGUGAAGGAUGACAACAGGACGUGUAAUGCAGUUUCAGUUGUGCCGCCUGCUUGUGACACAGUAAAAGAGAAAGAAUAUGAAGAACUCUGCAAAAUUGUUUUGCAAAAUAGUGGACCUUUUCAGGCCUGCCAUUGGCACAUUCCCCCACAGCUGUACUUCGAGAGCUGUGUCUAUGAUCUGUGUGCCACAGAGGGGGAUUCUGACCAGUUCUGCAAGAUUUUAGAGGCAUAUGCUGCUGCCUGUGAACUUGGAGGUGUAAAUCUGGGUGAAUGGAGGAAAGAUACCAUCUGCGAUAUGACUCCAACCACACCAGGCACCACCAUCACCACACCUUCAGAAGAGACACCCACAUCAACACCCACGUCAACACCCAUGCCAGGCACAGAGACCUGUGUGGUGGAAGGAGACCCUCACUACCAUACAUUCGACAAGCAGCUACACAGCUUCAUGGGUACCUGCACCUACACCCUUUCCAAACUGUGUGAGAGCAACAGCUCCCUGCCCUACUUCAACGUGGAAGCAGCCAACGAGCACAGGGGGAGCAACACUCGUGUGUCCUACGUCCGAUACGUGGAUGUCGAUGUGGCUGACCAGCGGAUAAGGCUGGGGCAGGGUGGAGUGGUGACGGUGAAUGGAGUGGCAGAAAUCCUGCCUUGCAGCCCAUCCGCAGGUGUGCAGGUCUUGUCCAGUGGGUUCUACACCAUGGUCAUGACAGACUUUGGCUUGAGAGUGAAGUUUGAUGGGGUCCAUCGGGUGGAGGUGACACUUCCAAGCACCUUUGGGCAGAAGGUUUGUGGCAUGUGUGGGAACUACAACGGGAUGGCAGCAGAUGACUUCCUGAACCCGGAAGGGAUGCUGGAACCAGACUCUACCAGCCUGGGCAACAGCUGGGAGGUGUCCAAAAACAGCAGCUGCUCAGCCGGACUGCUCCCCACCCCAGCCUGCAAUGACACGGACAAGCAGGUGAUCGCCAGCAGCCGCUUCUGUGGGCUCCUCAUUGACACCAGUGGCCCCUUUCAGAUCUGCCACGCUGUGCUGAGCCCCAGCAGUUACUUUGAGACCUGCUCCUAUGACCUGUGUGAGCUGGGGCUGGACUGGGAGACCCUGUGCAAGAGCUUGCAGUCCUAUGCGGAUGCCUGUCAAGCCCUUGGGGUCCAGAUACCCGUGUGGAGGAACACAACCUUCUGCCCGAUCACCUGCCCGGCCAACAGUCACUAUGAGCCCUGUGCUGCUGCCUGCCCUGCCACCUGUUUUGACCCAAUGGCUCCAGUCACCUGCAGCCUGCCGUGCGUGGAGGGCUGUGUGUGUGACAGCGGGUACCUGCUCUACGAUGACCGAUGUGUGCCCAGCCAGCAGUGCGGGUGUUGGCACAACGGGCAGCACUACCCCGUGGGCUCCGAGUUCUGGACGGACAACAGCUGCUCCUCCAAGUGCACGUGUCCCGCACGGGGAAGCAAAGUCCAGUGUUUCGAAGCCUCAUGCCCUGCGGGCCAGUACUGCGGGGUGCAGGGUGGGAAACCCGUGUGCCUCGAACACUCCUACGGCAUCUGUCACGUCCACGGGGACCCUCACUACAACACCUUUGACAAGGUGACGCACAACUUCAUGGGCAACUGCACCUACACCCUGGCCAAAGUGUGCUCCAACACCACCUCCCUGCCCUACUUCAAUGUGGAGGCCAAGAACGAGCAUCGUGGCAACAGCAGGGUGUCCUACGUGCGCGAAGUGCUGGUUGAGGUGUACGGACAGCGCAUUGCCAUCCUCAAACAGGAGAAGAGCCAAGUGCUGGUGAACGGCGUGCGCCAGACCCUGCCGGUGAGGGCAGCGGGAGGUGCGAUCACGGUGAGCAAGAGCGGCCGCUACGUCGUCCUGGAGACAGACUUCAGCCUCACAGUGUCCUACGACACUGACCACUCGGUGGAGGUGAAGGUGCCCACCACCUACUUCAACCUGACCUGUGGCAUGUGCGGGAACUUCAACAACCGGAGAGACGACGAAUACAUGAUGCCCAACGGGCAGCAAGCUGCAGACUCCAAUGCACUGGGGGAGAGCUGGCAGGUCCCAGACAGUGACCCCUCUUGCGGUGUCCCCCUCCCCUCCCCACCCUGCAGUCCAGAAGAGGAGGAGCUCUACAAGUCGGACCGCUUCUGUGGCAUACUGACCAGCACGCCCAGCUCUUUUGAGACGUGCCACAGCGUGAUCAACCCCCAGAGCUACUUUGACACCUGCCUCUACGACCUUUGUGCCCUGAAUGGUGGCCAGGAGUUUCUGUGUGCUGCUCUGGAGGCCUACGCUGACGCGUGCCAGGCAGCCGGCGUGACUCUUCUGCCCUGGAGGAAUGCUACCUUCUGCCCCCUGAAGUGUCCUUCCAACAGCUCCUAUGACCCUUGCAUGACCGGCUGUCCUGCCACCUGUGUUGACCGACAAGCCCCACAGAACUGCUCCAAGCCCUGUGUGGAGGGCUGUGCGUGUACCUCUGGCUUCCUCCUCAGUGGAGACACCUGUGUGCCCGAGGCCCAGUGUGGCUGCCUCUUUGAGGACAACUACUACAGCGAAGGCGAGUACUUUGUGAACGAGAAUUGCACUCGCCGGUGCCAGUGUGAAGCCAACGGCCAGAUGGUUUGCUCUGCCUUGUCCUGUGGCGAGGAGGAGGUCUGCAAGAUCCAGAACGGCCAGAGGGGCUGUUACCCAGCCAGCACUGCGCUCUGCCACAUCUACGGUGACCCGCAUUACAGCACCUUCGAUGGGAAGCUUCACCACUUCCAGGGCUCCUGCAACUACACCGUUGUGACAGGCUGUGACAACUCCUCCAUCGGGUUCAGUGUCACCACCCGCAACGAACAUCGUGGCAGCCAGAGCUGGACAGCUCUGAACUCUGUGGCACUGUCCCUGGAAGGCCUCCACGUUGCACUGCGCGAGCGCAAGGCCGUCUACGUCAACGGUGCUCUGGUCUCCCUGCCUGCUUCUCCUGCCCCCGGUGUGACCAUUUCCCUGAGCGGCUCCUACGUGCACGUUUCCACCAAGCUGGGCCUGCAGCUGCAGUUCAACGGGGACCACGAGCUCCUCGUGAAGGUGUCUGAGAAGCACAAGGGCAAGCUCUGUGGGCUGUGUGGGACGUACACUGGGAGCCAGCAGGACGACUUCAUGCGCCCCGAUGGAGUUGUCGUGCCCGACUUCAAUGACUUUGGAGCCAGCUGGAUGGUGCCGGAUGAUGAGUGGCUGUGUGACCCAACCAUCAGCCCGCCUGUGUCCUGCUCCCCUGCCGAGGAGGAGGCAGCUAACAAGCAGUGUUCAAUCCUCACGCAUCUGGGUGGCCCGUUCCAGCCAUGCCAUGCAGUUCUGCCGCCCCAGACCUACUUUGAGAGCUGUGUCUAUGACCAGUGUGCCACGGGCAGCAGCACGGAGCAGCUCUGCAAUGACCUGGGGGCCUAUGCCACAGCCUGUGUGGAGGCAGGGGUUGCCCUGGGAGACUGGAGUGCUGGCACUGUCUGUGCUCCUACACCCUCGCCCCCCUUGCCAGACACUACAACACGGCCUCCACAUACAACAACCUCACCGGCACCUGGGACAAGCACAGCUCCCCCGACAGACUGCAAUUUCACCUGCACAUUCGACAAGGACUUCUGUGGCUGGGUCCAGGCAGACUACAGCAGCAUUGACUGGAUAAGGAACAAAGGCCCAACGCCCACACCAAAUACCGGCCCCUCCUCUGACCACACAACUGGAGACGGCUACUACAUCUACCUGCAAGGGACUGAUGAUGCUCUCUCCGGGUUUGUGGCUGUCCUGGUCGGUCCGGUGUGCAGCUGGGAAGGAACGCACUGCUUCCGCUUCUGGUACCACAUGUACGGAAACUCUGAAAUGGCCCUGCGGGUGUACGUGGCAAAGGACUCUGAGCAAGUGGAGGUGUGGAAUCAGGAAGGGAACCAUGGGGACAUGUGGCACUUGGGAGAGGUGACGGUGCACAUCACAGGAAAUACGCAGAUUUUGCUGGAGGGACAGUGGGGCGAAGACGCCCGGAGCAACGUAGCAUUGGAUGAUCUGUCCAUUGAAAAGGGAUCCUGUGCAGGUGCAUCAACAGCAACACCCACGAUCCCACAGCCAGGCACUACAACGCAGACAACAGCAAGACCACCAACAGCACCACCUGGGACGACCUCAGGUCCACUUCCUCCUACAUCCUCAACCCCACUGCCUAACAUCACGACGCAGACAACAGCAAGACCACCAACAGCACCACCGGGGACGACCUCAGGUCCACUUCCUCCUACAUCCUCAACCCCACUGCCUAACAUCACGACGCAGACAACAGCAAGACCACCAACAGCACCACCUGGGACGACCUCAGCUCCUACACCCUCGCCCCCCUUGCCAGACACUACAACACGGCCUCCACAUACAACAACCUCACCGGCACCUGGGACAAGCACAGCUCCCCCGACAGACUGCAAUUUCACCUGCACAUUCGACAAGGACUUCUGUGGCUGGGUCCAGGCAGACUACAGCAGCAUUGACUGGAUAAGGAACAGAGGCCCAACGCCCACACCAAAUACCGGCCCCUCCUCUGACCACACAACUGGAGACGGCUACUACAUCUACCUGCAAGGGACUGAUGAUGCUCUCUCCGGGUUUGUGGCUGUCCUGGUCGGUCCGGUGUGCAGCUGGGAAGGAACGCACUGCUUCCGCUUCUGGUACCACAUGUACGGAAACUCUGAAAUGGCCCUGCGGGUGUACGUGGCAAAGGACUCUGAGCAAGUGGAGGUGUGGAAUCAGGAAGGGAACCAUGGGGACAUGUGGCACUUGGGAGAGGUGACGGUGCACAUCACAGGAAAUACGCAGAUUUUGCUGGAGGGACAGUGGGGCGAAGACGCCCGGAGCAACGUAGCAUUGGAUGAUCUGUCCAUUGAAAAGGGAUCCUGUGCAGGUGCAUCAACAGCAACACCCACGAUCCCACAGCCAGGCACUACAACGCAGACAACAGCAAGACCACCAACAGCACCACCUGGGACGACCUCAGGUCCACUUCCUCCUACAUCCUCAACCCCACUGCCUAACAUCACGACGCAGACAACACCAAGACCACCAACAGCACCACCAGGGACGACCUCAGGUCCACUUCCUCCUACAUCCUCAACCCCACUGCCUAACAUCACGACGCAGACAACAGCAAGACCACCAACAGCACCACCGGGGACGACCUCAGGUCCACUUCCUCCUACAUCCUCAACCCCACUGCCUAACAUCACGACGCAGACAACACCAAGACCACCAACAGCACCACCGGGGACGACCUCAGGUCCACUUCCUCCUACAGGCUCAACCCCACUGCCUAACAUCACGACGCAGACAACACCAAGACCACCAACAGCACCACCGGGGACGACCUCAGGUCCACUUCCUCCUACAUCCUCAACCCCACUGCCUAACAUCACGACGCAGACAACAGCAAGACCACCAACAGCACCACCUGGGACGACCUCAGCUCCUACACCCUCGCCCCCCUUGCCAGACACUACAACACGGCCUCCACAUACAACAACCUCACCGGCACCUGGGACAAGCACAGCUCCCCCGACAGACUGCAAUUUCACCUGCACAUUCGACAAGGACUUCUGUGGCUGGGUCCAGGCAGACUACAGCAGCAUUGACUGGAUAAGGAACAGAGGCCCAACGCCCACACCAAAUACCGGCCCCUCCUCUGACCACACAACUGGAGACGGCUACUACAUCUACCUGCAAGGGACUGAUGAUGCUCUCUCCGGGUUUGUGGCUGUCCUGGUCGGUCCGGUGUGCAGCUGGGAAGGAACGCACUGCUUCCGCUUCUGGUACCACAUGUACGGAAACUCUGAAAUGGCCCUGCGGGUGUACGUGGCAAAGGACUCUGAGCAAGUGGAGGUGUGGAAUCAGGAAGGGAACCAUGGGGACAUGUGGCACUUGGGAGAGGUGACGGUGCACAUCACAGGAAAUACGCAGAUUUUGCUGGAGGGACAGUGGGGCGAAGACGCCCGGAGCAACGUAGCAUUGGAUGAUCUGUCCAUUGAAAAGGGAUCCUGUGCAGGUGCAUCAACAGCAACACCCACGAUCCCACAGCCAGGCACUACAACGCAGACAACAGCAAGACCACCAACAGCACCACCUGGGACGACCUCAGGUCCACUUCCUCCUACAUCCUCAACCCCACUGCCUAACAUCACGACGCAGACAACACCAAGACCACCAACAGCACCACCGGGGACGACCUCAGCUCCUACACCCUCGCCCCCCUUGCCAGACACUACAACACGGCCUCCACAUACAACAACCUCACCGGCACCUGGGACAAGCACAGCUCCCCCGACAGACUGCAAUUUCACCUGCACAUUCGACAAGGACUUCUGUGGCUGGGUCCAGGCAGACUACAGCAGCAUUGACUGGAUAAGGAACAGAGGCCCAACGCCCACACCAAAUACCGGCCCCUCCUCUGACCACACAACUGGAGACGGCUACUACAUCUACCUGCAAGAGACUGAUGAUGCUCUCUCCGGGUUUGUGGCUGUCCUGGUCGGUCCGGUGUGCAACUGGGAAGGAACGCACUGCUUCCGCUUCUGGUACCACAUGUACGGAAACUCUGAAAUGGCCCUGCGGGUGUACGUGGCAAAGGACUCUGAGCAAGUGGAGGUGUGGAAUCAGGAAGGGAACCAUGGGGACAUGUGGCACUUGGGAGAGGUGACGGUGCACAUCACAGGAAAUACGCAGAUUUUGCUGGAGGGACAGUGGGGCGAAGACGCCCGGAGCAACGUAGCAUUGGAUGAUCUGUCCAUUGAAAAGGGAUCCUGUGCAGGUGCAUCAACAGCAACACCCACGAUCCCACAGCCAGGCACUACAACGCAGACAACAGCAAGACCACCAACAGCACCACCUGGGACGACCUCAGGUCCACUUCCUCCUACAUCCUCAACCCCACUGCCUAACAUCACGACGCAGACAACACCAAGACCACCAACAGCACCACCGGGGACGACCUCAGGUCCACUUCCUCCUACAUCCUCAACCCCACUGCCUAACAUCACGACGCAGACAACACCAAGACCACCAACAGCACCACCGGGGACGACCUCAGGUCCACUUCCUCCUACAGGCUCAACCCCACUGCCUAACAUCACGACGCAGACAACAGCAAGACCACCAACAGCACCACCGGGGACGACCUCAGAGACCUGUGUGGUGGAAGGAGACCCUCACUACCAUACAUUCGACAAGCAGCUACACAGCUUCAUGGGCACCUGCACCUACACCCUCUCCAAACUGUGUGAGAGCAACAGCUCCCUGCCCUACUUCAACGUGGAAGCAGCCAACGAGCACAGGGGGAGCAACACUCGUGUGUCCUAUGUCCGAUACGUGGAUGUCGAUGUGGCUGACCAGCGGAUAAGGCUGGGGCAGGGUGGAGUGGUGACGGUGAAUGGAGUGGCAGAAAUCCUGCCUUGCAGCCCAUCCGCAGGUGUGCAGGUCUUGUCCAGUGGGUUCUACACCAUGGUCAUGACAGACUUUGGCUUGAGAGUGAAGUUUGAUGGGGUCCAUCGGGUGGAGGUGACACUUCCAAGCACCUUUGGGCAGAAGGUUUGUGGCAUGUGUGGGAACUACAACGGGAUGGCAGCAGAUGACUUCCUGAACCCGGAAGGGAUGCUGGAGCCAGACUCUACCAGCCUGGGCAACAGCUGGGAGGUGUCCAAAAACAGCAGCUGCUCAGCCGGACUGCUCCCCACCCCAGCCUGCAAUGACACGGACAAGCAGGUGAUCGCCAGCAGCCACUUCUGUGGGCUCCUCAUUGACACCAGUGGCCCCUUUCAGAUCUGCCACGCUGUGCUGAGCCCCAGCAGUUACUUUGAGACCUGCUCCUAUGACCUGUGUGAGCUGGGGCUGGACCGGGAGACCCUGUGCAAGAGCUUGCAGUCCUAUGCGGAUGCCUGUCAGGCCCUUGGGGUCCAGAUACCCGUGUGGAGGAACACAACCUUCUGCCCGAUCACCUGCCCGGCCAACAGUCACUAUGAGCCCUGUGCUGCUGCCUGCCCUGCCACCUGUUUUGACCCAAUGGCUCCAGUCACCUGCAGCCUGCCGUGCGUGGAGGGCUGUGUGUGUGACAGCGGGUACCUGCUCUACGAUGACCGAUGUGUGCCCAGCCAGCAGUGCGGGUGUUGGCACAACGGGCAGCACUACCCCGUGGGCUCCGAGUUCUGGACGGACAACAGCUGCUCCUCCAAGUGCACGUGUCCCGCACGGGGAAGCAAAGUCCAGUGUUUCGAAGCCUCAUGCCCUGUGGGCCAGUACUGCGGGGUGCAGGGUGGGAAACCCGUGUGCCUCGAACACUCCUACGGCAUCUGUCACGUCCACGGGGACCCUCACUACAACACCUUUGACAAGGUGACACACAACUUCAUGGGCAACUGCACCUACACCCUGGCCAAAGUGUGCUCCAACACCACCUCCCUGCCCUACUUCAAUGUGGAGGCCAAGAACGAGCAUCGCGGCAACAGCAGGGUGUCCUAUGUGCGCGAAGUGCUGGUUGAGGUGUACGGACAGCGCAUUGCCAUCCUCAAGCAGGAGAAGAGCCAAGUGCUGGUGAACGGUGUGCGCCAGACCCUGCCGGUGAGGGCAGCGGGAGGUGCGAUCACGGUGAGCAAGAGCGGCCGCUACGUCGUCCUGGAGACAGACUUCAGCCUCACAGUGUCCUACGACACUGACCACUCGGUGGAGGUGAAGGUGCCCACCACCUACUUCAGCCUGACCUGUGGCAUGUGUGGGAACUUCAACAACCGGAGAGACGACGAAUACAUGAUGCCCAAUGGGCAGCAAGCUGCAGACUCCAAUGCGCUGGGGGAGAGCUGGCAGGUCCCAGACAGUGACCCCUCUUGCGGUGUCCCCGUCCCCUCCCCACCCUGCAGUGCAGAGGAGGAGGAGCUCUACAAGUCGGACCGCUUCUGUGGCAUACUGACCAGCACGCCCAGCUCUUUUGAGACGUGCCACAGCGUGAUCAACCCCCAGAGCUAUUUUGACACCUGCCUCUACGACCUUUGUGCCCUGAAUGGUGGCCAGGAGUUUCUGUGUGCUGCUCUGGAGGCCUACGCUGACGCGUGCCAGGCAGCCGGCGUGACUCUUCUGCCCUGGAGGAAUGCUACCUUCUGCCCCCUGAAGUGUCCUUCCAACAGCUCCUAUGACCCUUGCAUGACCGGCUGUCCUGCCACCUGUGUUGACCGACAAGCCCCACAGAACUGCUCCAAGCCCUGUGUGGAGGGCUGUGCGUGUACCUCUGGCUUCCUCCUCAGUGGAGACACCUGUGUGCCCGAGGCCCAGUGUGGCUGCCUCUUUGAGGACAACUACUACAGCGAAGGCGAGUACUUUGUGAACGAGAAUUGCACUCGCCGGUGCCAGUGUGAAGCCAACGGCCAGAUGGUUUGCUCUGCCUUGUCCUGUGGCGAGGAGGAGGUCUGCAAGAUCCAGAACGGCCAGAGGGGCUGUUACCCAGCCAGCACUGCGCUCUGCCACAUCUACGGUGACCCGCAUUAUAGCACCUUCGAUGGGAAGCUUCACCACUUCCAGGGCUCCUGCAACUACACCGUUGUGACAGGCUGUGACAACUCCUCCAUCGGGUUCAGUGUCACCACCCGCAACGAACAUCGUGGCAGCCAGAGCUGGACAGCUCUGAACUCUGUGGCACUGUCCCUGGAAGGCCUCCACGUUGCACUGCGCGAGCGCAAGGCCGUCUACGUCAACGGUGCCCUGGUCUCCCUGCCUGCUUCUCCUGCCCCCGGUGUGACCAUUUCCCUGAGCGGCUCCUACGUGCACGUUUCCACCAAGCUGGGCCUGCAGCUGCAGUUCAACGGGGACCACGAGCUCCUCGUGAAGGUGUCUGAGAAGCACAAGGGCAAGCUCUGUGGGCUGUGUGGGACGUACACUGGGAGCCAGCAGGACGACUUCAUGCGCCCCGAUGGAGUUGUCGUGCCCGACUUCAAUGACUUUGGAGCCAGCUGGAUGGUGCCGGAUGAUGAGUGGCCGUGUGACCCAGCCAUCAGCCCGCCUGUGUCCUGCUCCCCUGCCGAGGAGGAGGCAGCUAACAAGCAGUGUUCAAUCCUCACGCAUCUGGGUGGCCCAUUCCAGCCAUGCCAUGCAGUUCUGCCGCCCCAGACCUACUUUGAGAGCUGUGUCUAUGACCAGUGUGCCACGGGUAGCAGCACGGAGCAGCUCUGCAAUGACCUGGGGGCCUAUGCCACAGCCUGUGUGGAGGCAGGGGUUGCCCUGGGAGACUGGAGUGCUGGCACUGUCUGUGCUCCUACACCCUCGCCCCCCUUGCCAGACACUACAACACGGCCUCCACAUACAACAACCUCACCGGCACCUGGGACAAGCACAGGUCCAUCAACACCAACACCCACGAUUCCCUUGCCAGGCACUACAACGCAGCCUGCCCACACAACAUCAUCAACAACACCAAUACCCAGCUCAGACCGUGCUUCCUGCAGCGCCUCUGGAGAUCCACAUUAUAACACUUUUGACCACAGAGUCCAUAAUUUCAUGGGAAAUUGCACUUACACCCUCUCCAAAGUGUGCAAUGUCUCUGAGAAGCUUCCAUACUUCGAUGUGUCCACAACAAAUGAGCACAGAGGAGCCAACACCAAAGUCUCUUAUGUGAAGUCAGUGCAAGUGGAAGUCUAUGACAAUCAGAUUUCUCUACUGAAAAACAAGAAAGUGAAUGUGAAUGGUCGCAGAAUGAACCUGCCUGUAUUUAUUGAGAAGAAAAUCAGUAUUCAAAGCAGUGGUGGAUAUGUUCUCUUGGAAACUGACUUUGGACUGUGGGUGAGAUAUGAUGGAAACCACUAUGCGGAAGUCUCCGUACCCUCUAAUUACAGUCAUCUGCUCUGUGGCCUCUGUGGUAAUUAUAAUGGUGAUCCAAAUGAUGACAAUAUAAAACCCAAUGGUGAUAUUGCCAGUGGUUCUACUGAUCUUGGAGAAAGCUGGCUUGUGCCUGAGAAUAACACCAUAUGCUCCAGUGGUGGGACAGAAGAGCAGUGUGAUCCUGUGUUAGAGAGUGAAGCAAAGAAGAACACAGCAUGUGGCAUGAUCACAGACCCAACAGGAAUCUUCAAGGACUGUCAUACCAAAGUGCCUCCAGAGAAUUUAUUUGAAAAUUGUGUUUAUGACAUGUGUUUCACUGGUGGACAGGCAAUAUCCCUAUGCUACGGACUACAGGCCUAUGCUGAGUCAUGUAUCAAUGCUGGCAUAUGCAUAGAGUGGAGGAAUGCUACUCUUUGCCCAAUGUCCUGUCCUGGAGGCAGCAUCUACAAGAGCUGUGGUACUAGGUGUCCCUCUACCUGUUUGAACAUCUCAGCAGCUGAUUCCUGCAGUUCUUUACCAGUGGAAGGUUGCUUCUGUAAGGAAGGUUAUGUUUUGAGCGGAGACAAAUGUGUGCCGGAAAGCAGCUGUGGUUGUGUUGAUGAAAAGAACCAGUAUCACCAGCUGGAUGAAAGCUGGUUCACCCAUUAUCCCUGCACUGAACGCUGCACCUGCAAGGCUAAUAACACCAUUGAAUGCACAUCCUGGGAGUGUGGAGUCCAAGAGGAAUGCAGCAUUCAGGAUGGUGUGCUGGGCUGUCAUUCCAAUGGUCAAGCAACAUGUCAAGUGGUAGGAGAUCCCCAUUAUUUCACUUUUGAUGGAAUGAAGUACACUUUCAUGGGAACCUGCACCUACACUUUGGUUGAGGUUGUCAACACUUCCACCAAUGUCAUUCCUAUAACCAUACUGGGCAAGAAUGAAGACAGAGGACUGAGAGGGGCCACGUACCUGAAAGAAGUCUAUAUAGAUGUGCAUGGUGUACGAAUCACCCUUCAGAAAAACCAAGGAAUCCUGCUGAACAAUGAGAGAGUCUACACUCCAGUGGAGAACCGACUGCAAGGCGUGUCCAUUGGAAAUGUUGGCAGAUUUAUAGUCGUGGAAACUGACUUUGGUGUGAUAGUGAAAUACGACGGCAAUCACCAUCUGGAAAUCACCCUCCCACAAUCUUAUUUCUCACAGGUGCAUGGCAUGUGUGGUAAUCUCAAUGAUAAUCGUGAAGAUGAUCUGUCCUUGCCCAAUGGAACAGUCGUCAGUGCCACACAGUUUGGAAACAGCUGGAAAGUGGAGGAAGAUAGUGAUAAGGGUUGCUUACCAGACUUAAGAGAAGAUGAUAAUCCCCCUUGCACUGCUGAGAAUAAACAAGUCAUUGAAAGCCAGUGUAAUGUCCUAAAAUCAGACAAAUUCAAAGUAUGCCAUAAUCUAGUCAACCCUGAAGACUUUGUAGACAUCUGCAUCUAUGACAUGUGCCAGUAUGAUGGCAUGAAGUCUGCUCUCUGCGACAUAGUUCAAGCCUAUGUGGAGACCUGCAAGAACCAUGGAAUCACCAUUAAAUGGAGGAAUAACACAUUCUGUCCAUUGCCCUGCCCAUCCCGGAGCCAUUACAAAGACUGUGUCUCCGCCUGCCCAUCAACAUGCAAUGACAUUUUUGCCUCUUCCCUUUGUGACAAGACAGAAGAGUGUACAGAGGGCUGUGAGUGUGAUGAUAAUUAUGUGCUCAGUAAUGGCAACUGUGUACCUCUGAGCAGUUGUGGCUGCAGGGAUGAUGACAACAAUUACUACAGUGCUGGGGAGACAUGGAUAACUCCACACUGCGCCAGAAGAUGCCAGUGUCAGAAGAACGGUGUCAUCAGUUGUAACAGCUAUAGCUGUGAUUCUAGAGAAACCUGUGUGAUCCAAAAUGGAAAAAACAAGUGCCAUCCAACAGGUUUUGGAAGAUGCCAGAUCCUGGGUGAUCCACACUACACCACCUUCGACGGUCUGGUGCACCACUUCCAAGGGAAAUACACGUAUAUUUUGGCUCAGACCAUCCCUGACCUACCUGAUACUCUCACGCCGUUCAGCAUUGAAGGCAUUAACUCUCCUUUACUCCUAUUUCGACACAUUACCUACCUGAAAGAGAUUCUCAUCAAUGUUUACAACCACACAGUGCGAUUCAGGCAGAACAAGCAGGUUCUGUUGGAUGGUGUCCGUGUGAGACCCCCUCUUCGACCUCAUGAAGGUAUUCAUAUAUAUCAGAGGAUAACAAGAAUUUACCUAGAGACAGAUUUUGGCUUAUAUGUGAGCUUUGAUGGCAAUCAAAAUGCAGAUAUAAAGCUGGCCAACACCUACGGAAGCAGAGUGGAAGGCUUGUGUGGUGACUUUGAUGGGAGAUAUAGAAAUGACUUCACAAAUCCAGAUGGUGUUUGGGUGAAGAACGUGAAUGUAUUUGGUGAAAGUUGGAAAGUUCCUUUAAAAAGAAGCUCUCGUUUCAGACGAGAUGUCAACUCAGGAAAUGAGUCUAUGGAGGAGCCAGAUCCAGGGCUUUUCCAAGGUUGCAACGAAAAUCAGCUGGAGCAGCAAAAUGCAACUUCAAGAUGCCAAAUCCUGACUGACUUGAAUGGUCCUUUUGCAAAGUGUCAUUCCACAGUCCUACCAGAUUUCUAUUUCACGAGCUGCCUGUUUGAUAUGUGUGUGGAAGGAGAUGAGGUCACUACCUUGUGUCGCAGUCUGGAGGAAUAUGUGCUGGCCUGUCAGCAGCAAGGAGUCAGUAUGGAUGGCUGGAGACAACAGACAGUUUGUGGUAUAUCAUGUCCUGCCAACAGCAACUACAGCUCAUGCACGUCUGCAUGCCCAGCAUCCUGCAACGACCUGACCAGCCCUUCUGAGUGUGAAUCACCUUGUCUGGAAGGCUGUGAAUGUCUCCCUGGCUAUGUUCUUAGUGGUUUUGACUGUGUGCCUUACAAAGAGUGUGGCUGCACAUACCUGAACAAAUACUAUGAGAUUGGAGAAAUAUUCACCACUGAUGACUGCUCUCAGACAUGCCAGUGCACAGAAAGCUCCACUGUUUUCUGCUCUGACAAAGUGUGUGGGUCUGAUGAAAUCUGUGGCAUCUCCAACUACACUCGUGGAUGCUACAGGAGUGGACCAUGUAUGCCAAACCCUUGUCAGAAUGAUGGUGUUUGCUCUGAAACUACCAAUGGCACCUCUCUCCUCUUCUACUGUGAAUGUUCAGAGCUGUACACAGGAGCAACGUGUGAGGCUGAAAAGAUAGCUGAAGACCCUGACACAGAGGAUCCCAAGGACUAUACAUAUGCCAUCGUCAUCGGAGUCGUGGCAGGUGUAGUUGUUAUUGUCAUUCUCAUCUCAUCUACAGUGUACCUGUACAGGAGAAAGAAAAAUGUGGAUACACAUACAAUAACAAGGGAUUCUUCUUUGAAGUGGUCCAGGGAUGAACUGGAUGCCAGAGUACAUGAGCAAGAUUAUGGCUGCAUCGUGAACAGUGCAUUUGAUCAAAAUGAAUCCCAAAAUACACAGCUAUAGUUAACAAUAUUUUUCCAAUUCAUUUAUCAUACUUUCUGCUCUUGUAUUUUAAUUAUAUUUCUACUACUUUGAGAAGAAAUAAUAAUAAAUUUAUCAUUGCAUUUGUUGAAAACCUU